AUGCCUCUCAGUGUGAUGGGAUGGAUUCACGCUUGGGACAUUCUCGAUGUGAAUACCAACAAGAAGUACAACACGGCGGCGCUGAUGCGCUGGAAGCAGAUCCUCAAGCUAGUGUUCAUGGCAAUUGCGAUGACGAGACACCCGGCCGUGGCCCUCAUCUUUCACAACGGACGUCGUCACGGCAAGGAGGAGAUCCUGGAAGGUCGACUCGAGCCGCCGGCACCUCGACGUCUACUGCCGUUGAGUACCAUGGUCAAGGUGGAGCUACAGGAGGAGAUGGAAGCCAACGGGCUAGAGUUCAAAGGCUUGGCCUGCCGGGAGAUGCGCGUGAUCCUGAACGAGCAGCGGAUCGAGAACGGUCAGAGUCGCAAAGGAGCUCGAGCUGGAGACCCGGAACUACGCGGACUUGCCAAGAAGACGAGGGCAGAGCUCAUCCAGCUGGCCAGGAAGCGCGACGUGAAGGUGACCGACGACAUGCUCAAGGACAAGAUCGUGUGCCUACUACUGGGACAGACGCCGACUGCAGGGUGCUUCGACGACCGGGAGUGCUUCCUUAGCCUGUUGGAGCUCCGGAAGGGGACAGCUCGCCAGGUCAGUGGGGCCACCUGCCUCAGACGCCUCCGAGAGCGAGGAGCCGCCAACCGGGAGAAGGAGCUCGUCGAUCAGCGACCUGGAGGGAAUUGCAGUCGAAAAUGUCGGCGUGGAGGAGAACCAGAGUUGGGGGAUGAUUGCUCCGAAGGGCAAAAGUCGCAGACAGCGAGGGCGAGGCGCAAGAUGAAGCCAGGCCAGAUCAAGCGGUACAAGGACAUGGUCAACAAGGCGAUCAGCUUCCUCACCUGGCAGACUAUGUUCCUGAGCGCGUUCCUGGUCAAGCCGUUUUUCUUAGAAGGAAAGGCCAUUGUGCAGGACCUCUGCGAGGUGUUCAACGUCGAGACCGAUGCGAGCUACGACUUGAUGCAGAUCUUCGCGGGCGAGGCUAGCAUCUCCGAAGAGUUCAGCCGGAAGGGCCUCAAGGUAUGCGCGCCGAUCGAUCAGAAGUAUAACUACGACCUGAGAAAUGAGCAACGUCGGCGAGAAGUUCUACAGCUCUUCUACUCGUGCAAGCCCAAGCUGCUGACGCUGGAGUACCCCUGCACGUUGUGGACACAACUUACCAGAGUCAACUACAGAGGUGAAGCUAGACAACAAGAACUACGACGCAAGCGAAGAAGGGACCGGCCUCUUCUGGACUUCGUGGAGGAGAUAGGCAUGAUGCAGCUCAACAGCAAGUGGGGCAUCCUUUUCGAGAACCCCUGGACGUCUGAGGUUUUCAACCAGCCGCAGAUCAAGCGCUUGAAGGAGCACUCAAGGGCGAAGGAGGUGAAGAUCGACAUGUGCCAAUUCAACUUGAGACACCCGAAGUCGAAUGAGAUGAUUAAGAAGCCCACCAAGCUUCUCGUCGCUAACGACUCGUACGUCAAGAAGUUGGGACGGCAAUGCGAUGGAAGUCGUCCCCAUCAUCUACUGGAAGGAGCUCACUACACGCGAAAGGCCGGUCGCUACACUCAGGAGUUCGCGAAAGCUGUCUUGCAAGCCUACCAGCGCAGCAACAUGACCUACAUCAUGGAGCACGGGGUCUACGCGACGGGCGACCUCAUGGACCUCGUGGGCGGCGAGUCCGACGAGUGGUUCUACUACGAGAACGUGGGCGACUUCACGGAGAUACCGGCUAAGCUUCCAGAUGGACCUGAUUGGAGUCGAGUCGGCAGGCGUCGAGUUACAGAUCUGGAGGCCGACAUGGUGCUGCAGGUUUUCGAGAAGGCCGACAUCACCGCCGAUCUCAUCAAGCCCAAGUUGGACCGCACGGCCAAGCUGAAGAUUCGUCUGUGGUACAAGCCCGAGCCAGUCGCUGACGACAUCGGAGCUAAGGCCAUUCAGUUCGGGCCCGGCAGCUCAGAAUGCUCAAGCAAGGAUCUGGCAGCACUACGACAACUUCAUCAGAACUUGGGUCAUCCAAGUAACGAAGAUCUCGCCAGGUCUCUCAGAUUUUCAGGAUGUCGAUCGGAGGUUGUGAAGGCGGCGAAGUCUUUACGGUGUGCUACGUGUAUGAGCAAUGUACGCAAAAGGAUUGCAAGGCCAGCCAGACUUUCGCACGCAGCCGAUUGCAAUGAGCAGAUUGGGUUGGACUGUUUCACAAUCAAAGAUGUUGAUGGAAAGCCCUGGGAUUUCUUAUCAGUUGUGGACUUGGGUGCUACGUUUCAUGUCGUGGGAAUGAUUGAGAGCCAUCACUCGGAGGUGUUAGUCAAGGUGUUCACUCAGAUUUGGACUAGUUGGGCAGGGCCACCAGCCAGUGCAGUUGUGGACUUAGAACGUGGAUUUGGUUCAGUAUUUCAGGACAUGCUUGAUAAGUUCCAUUGCGUGGUCGUUCCCGUGGCUGGGCAAGCAGCUUGGCAGCGCGGACGCACAGAACGUCAAGGAGGCUGGUGGGAGGAGUUGGCCGAAAGGACCAUCGCACACGCAGCUGCCUCAGGGGAGUCCGACAUGCGCGUCAUCGCUUCCGUCGUCACUGGAGCCAAGAACGCUCUGCGUCGACAAUGCGGUUUCAGUCCAGAGCAGUGGAUGGAGCUCACCACGACGCAGCACACGAAGGAGCUGAUUUUCAGCCUCUGGAACGCGUUCAUGGAGAUGCAGAACGACAACACGCUGCGCAAGGCUCUACUUGGACGCACCCGAGUACGACCACAUCCACUCGAGCAAGGCGAUUUGUGCUUCUAUUACCGCCAGCUCAAGAAAGGCUCGAUCAAGAAGGGCACUUGGUUGGGGCCCGCAGUGAUUGUCGGGAAGCAGGGCCAGAACUAUUGGAUCUCGCACGGUGGUUUCACUGAGUUGUUACCACGGAGGAAGCUUGGUGGCCAGGCAUUGACGAUCAACACGGCGAAGCACUCGACCAACUUCGAAGACUACAUCAAGACACCGACACCACCGCGGAUAUGGAAUACGAAGACCUACGAGGAGAACAACCACCACCUGAGCAAGAGGAAGGAGGCGAAAUGGAACUUGAAGAUGCAGAACCGCCUGCAGAACCAGCUGAAGACGUUCAAGGAGAUAUCGAGUGCAUUCGAGUCAACAGACAACGUUCAGAAGCAGCUCGACAAGCAGGACACCGUCACCAGUUCCACCUUCGCCGUAAUCCUUCGAGGUGCAAGAGCUCAGAGCGAACGUCUAAGAAAAAAGCUGCAGGACAAGGAGAUCGCUUGGAAGGACAUACCCGAAGAGCACAAGCCGCUGUACCAGAAGGCCAUCGCGGAGCACUGGGAGGAAUGGAAGAAGUUUGGCUCCGUCGAAGCGCUGUCUCUUGAAGAAUCGCAACGAGCCCGAUGGGAGAACGACAGCAACCGCUUCUUGCCCUCCAGGUCCGUAUUUCGGGACAAGAAUGUGACCGUCCGCACGGAGGCCAACCCCGUACCGGUCAAGGCCAAGGCUCGGCUUUGCGCUGGAGGACAUCGCGACCCAGACCUUCAGACCGGAGCUCUACGUACAGAUGCGCCUACGGUUACGAGAACCAGUUCACUGCUUUUCUUCAUCAUGGCCGCUCGCUACGAUUGGGAGCCAGUCUGUGCUGACAUUAUGUCUGCGUUCAUGCAGGGCGAAGAGCAGCCAAGGGACAAGCCACUCUUCAUGGAGCAGCCGCCUCAAGGCCUACCCGGACUUCAGCCAGGACAAGUCUUGCGGAUAGUCAAGGGCAUUUCGUCUGUGUUCGCCGAGAAGUGGGAACCGCUUGAGCCGAGCAAGGAUCGUAAACGAGACCUUGGAUGCCCAGCCACCGACAUCGAGACCGCAGAGAACCGCAGUUUGAUUGGAAGUUUGGGAUGGCUAGCUACUCAGACUCUACCCGAUCUCGCAGCAGGAGUGUCAAUGGCUCAACGUGUGCAGAACUCUCCGGCCGUUGCCGACCUGAUCGAGACGAAUCGCAUCGCGUCAGAGGCCAAGCGCUACAAGGACACCGCCAUCACGAUUCCGAAGUUGAAUGGUGAGCUCUGCAUUCUAGUAUUUCACGACGCUGCGUGGGCCAACGUGGACGAGCCAGACGACAAGGUCACCGGAUCAGCCUGGUGGUGCAUGCGGAGAGCUCGUACGGCGUAUGCUUCGGAAGCUCCGAAGCGGCUCAAGGCCAAGAGCCAGGCGGGCUUCUUGGUGUUCGUGGCGGAGAAGGCGAUCAUUCAGAACGGCGAGGGCAAGGCUGCGUUAGUCGACUGGAGCACGUUGCAGGCUGCUGCUGAGUUCAUCGAGCGUUUGAGCUGCCGUGACGGCGGCGAGGCGAUGGGCCAGCAUUUUGGGGAAUUCGAAACCGCGCAGAGGGAUGCGGCCAACCUUGUGGGGGUGCCUCGGAAGGCCACGUCCGAAGACGUCAGAAUCCGCCUCGUCCACAUGGGUGACCCCGAACUGGCGAAGCGCGUCGACUGCUGGAGGGCAGGCCGAAGGGCGGUCGCACAUCCUCCAGGCCAGGUCGGCAAGCGGGUGCUGGAGGCACUUCGCAGGCCAGUGCGAGAUGGGGCUGGGACGGCGGGGUCAUCGAGCACCGAUGGCGCUGAAGAGGGUUUCAUGGAAACGCGGCGGGGCCCUGACAUAGAAUGGGCUUCCCCAACAACGGACCAGGCUUACGAACGCCUCGAGUUCCCGCUCUUGAAGAGUGUUCCAGACCUUGUUCACGGUGUACGUGGCGAUCAAGUCGCUGGAGAUCGGGAGACCUUUGUCCACCUGGCGGCCGUGGACGAGAAGAUUGGUGAGCUUUUCGAGCCGAAGGCGAUGCAUCUCGAGAGCCACGGCAAUGGGGACACCGCUUGUGGAAAAACAGAACUCUAG